UUAUAUUUCGAAAACCCAUGCUUGUCGGAUUUAUAGUCAGAAUGAUAAAAUUCUUUGAGUUUCCUUAUCUCCGUUACCAGAUGUUGCUAUGGUAAUUCUGUCACGCUACAUCUGUGAUAGCAAUUCACUGACACUAAAGUUCUGCAUACAGGCGCACAAAUCCUCGGCUGCGACCAAAUUACUUUCCAGGAGACAUCAGAUUUUAUUAUUUCAGCCUUGCAAUGUGUUCAUAAUGAAUGUAAAGGACGAGUUUCGGCAUAAUCAUGAGCACAGACAAUUUGACCACGAAGAUUCCAUCGUCGUCUCGAACGCCUUUGGGUUCUGUAACCAUGGAAGAUAGCAGCCAUGGUUUCAAUGGAAGUAGGUCUGUCAUGACCAAAGACAACCUUAAAUUACUUGAUUUAAGCACUGCUGACAACUUUUGUGAAAAUCGAGGAAGGGAAAGUGAGUAUGCGGCAUCUUUGGCCGACGAAUGUGAAGAAAGCUUGGAACAGACAAGAGGCAUGGUACGGGCUCGAACAAACCAUGUUCGCAAGCAAACAGUAAACAAUUCUAUGAAGAAGAAACCUCAUAGGAAACGCCGUGUAACGGCCAAUUUAGCUGCAACAAAGUACGAUGUCGUUAGAAAAGUUUGUCUUCAAUGUGGAAUGUAUAUUGCAAGGGAUGAUGACUCAAACAGUUUCCUCAUUUGGAGUGAUUCAUCAGUGCCAGUUGAAAAAAUUAUAGAACUAAAAUCAUUUCAGAAAAUAAACCAUUUUCCAAGUAUGGGUGAGAUUUGUAGGAAGGAUAACCUAGCUCGGAAUAUGGCAAAAAUGCAAAGAGCUCACCCAGAGGAAUACAGUUUUGUUCCUCAAACUUGGGUUCUCCCUGCUGAAUAUGCCGCAUUUCAAGGCUAUUGUAGAGAACUGAAAAAAAGAAAGAAACACAAAACUUUCAUUGUCAAACCAGCAAAUGGAGCUAUGGGAAAUGGGAUAUCUCUGGUACGAAAUGGAGAUAGAAUCCCAUCUCAUGAGCAGAUUGUGGUCCAGGAAUAUCUUGACAAACCUUUUCUCCUCGAGGGAUUCAAGUUUGAUCUUAGAGUAUAUGUUUUGGUUACAUCAUGUGAUCCACUGAGGAUAUUUUUGUAUCAUGAUGGACUUGUUCGCAUGGGAACUGAAGUGUAUGAAAGCCCUUCAGAUGAAAACCUGGAUGAGCUUUUUAUGCAUUUAACUAAUUAUUCAAUAAAUAAACACAAUGAGAACUUUGACCAAGAUGACAGUGAUGACAGUGGAAGUAAAAGAUCUAUAAAGUUUUUGAAUGACUGGCUCCAGUCCAUGGACUAUGAUGUAAAUUUUCUUUGGCACAACAUAACAGAUGUACUGGUAAAGACAUUAAUAGUUGCCCAGCCUCAUAUUUUGCACUCUUACCGAAUGUGCCGACCUGGUGCACCUCCUGGAAGUGAGAGUGUUUGUUUUGAGGUUUUAGGUUUUGAUAUUUUGUUGGAUCGAAAACUCCGCCCGUGGCUUUUAGAAGUGAAUCGAUCACCCAGUUUCGGCACUGACACCAAACUUGAUAGUGAAAUUAAAGGGGGAGUGUUAACUGAUGCACUGAAUUUGCUUAACAUCAGGGUCAGUGACAAACGUCGUGGCAUGGCGGCUGAAAAAGCAGAAGCACAGAAAAGACUCUUAACACAGCCAAAAAGGAAUGAGUACUCCAUGUCGGAACUGGAAAAGAAGAAGAUGAUUUUAAACAAACGUCGAACGGAACUUAAAGAGAGACUAAAUCAACUAAGGAGAGAGACGGCAAGAGAAGAGUUUGAGAACAUGAACAUGGGAAAUUUCCGAAGGAUAUAUCCUCCUGAAGACAAAACAAGACGAGAAAAGUAUAACGGGCUUUUAGCAGACGCUUUCAAGCUCUUCUUGUCAGGUAGAGCUGUAUCUCUUCAAAAGGACGGUAAUCAACCAUUCAGCACCCUCAGGGAAGAAGAAAUCCUCGAUUUAUUAGAGCAGUGUGAAUGUGAUGAAAACAUAACAUUCGACAAAUCUGGCAACCGUCCGAUGAGCAAAGGACCAAAGCCCUUGUCAUCCAUGCCAAGUGCUAAAUCCAUCACAAACAAAGAGGACUCUUCAACUUCGUCCUCUUCAGUUUCUUCAAACCCACAACAGACCUCGACGUCAUCAUCGUUCAGACCCGUUUCUGCCCAAAAGGCGCCAAACUCGGCCAAUAACGGCCUGAUAUUACCACGCUCCUCCGCGCAUAGAAUCGUGACGUCGUCUUCAUCUCCUCCAAUGAAAUUCAAUCCCGUGGUGGACGCUGCUUUUUUGGAUGCCGCUGUCCGGGAGAGAGAAGAAGAAUUAUGCCGGCGAACACUGCAGGCUUUGCUUGACAUGAGGAUUAAAUUUCCAGGAAAAACAGACGAGGAAGCAGAAGUCAUUUUAGAAAGUAUCCAGGAUAAUUGGAAAUUCCACAAGCCGAGAGUGGCUUCCUAUUGGUUGGUGAAGCUCGACUCGAUAAAGCGGAGAAAGGUUGUGGACAUUGUGCGAACAAACGUUCGCGCAAUCUUACAGCGUGUCUGGCGAGCAUCUGAAGUUGAUAACUUGCGCCUCUGCCGCGUUUUCUCUAGAGUAUUUAACAGAUUGUUGUGGAGUCAUGGACAGGGAUUGUGGAACUGCUUUUCAAACUUGGGAAACUCUUGGGAGACAAUUUUUAGCAAGAGUACAGAGGUGCUAUCUUCGACUGAGAUGAGCUGCUGUCGUCGAAUUGUCCAGCUUUGUCGAGACUGCUUGCUUAUUGUGUAUCAGUUUGCCGCUGACGCUAAAGUUGCAGGCGUUGCUUCAAAUGUGUCUCAAGGGACAACACUUCAAGAUUCUGAAUUGAGGCAUGCGAACAUUAUACGAAGAACACCAGAUCUUACGUCUCAACAAGCUUUAAGAGCAAGAAUGGCUAAGCAUUACAGGACCUCUCAGCCAGCAUUGGAGCAGUUAUAGGUAGGGACCGAGGAGUGAUGUUCGCUUUUGGCCCCGGAGGUCUAUGACCUUGCACAAUCAGAUUUGAAGCAAGGAAACAAUUCUGAGAUAUCUUAUGAAGAUGAAGACGAUCCAUUCGGGCUUACAUGACGUACAAACUAAGAAAUCGCCUCAAAUGGAAGCACGGCCAUUUCCUAGGUGGCGCUGGUCUCGCAACGAAAUUUUCUCACAUUUUACUGGGAAGCGAAUGAAUUGGUGAUCAUACAAUUCUCUAGGUUUAUUUAUGAGUGGCUUGUACAGUCUUAAAUCAAACAUGAAAAUUCAGUGAAGCACUUGUUUAUGUGCCUUCGACUUUGUAAAUUUCUUAUAGUUUUGUUAUACAGUUUACGGGACGCACACCUUCAUUGACUUUCCCCUUGAAAUUUUCGCGGUCUUAUUAGUUAUUCUCCCGUCUAGCUGCUGUAUAUUUUCUCGCAAAUUCGGCAGGAGAAUUUAUUGUUGAAUCUACGCAAAAACCCUCGAGCUGGAUAGGUUUUCUUUUCUCGUCACUUUUUGGUGUAUUUUUGCUCUAAGGAGAAUUUACUUGUGACUAGCUUAGGAUUAAUGUGAUUAAUUUAACUGUGAGAUUUUAUCAUAGAAGGUAUAGAAAAUUCUAUCCUUGCUCCAAAAAAUAUUUUUUCUUUCUUUCAAAUUCAUCAAGCAUUUCACCACCGAAAGAACAAAUUACAAUGUAAAUCUCUUUUCGCGAUUGUUGUAUUUUUUGUUUUGUUUUUUCCCACAGUAACAUUUCCUAUCACGAUGAAGAGUGAUAGCAUUCUAAACGAAUAAAGAAAUUAGCCUUUCAAACACUUAGGUUUUUUAUCAGACUUUUCAAGAAAUUAAACACAGCAGUUACGCCUGGUUCACACUUGCGACAUAAUAGCAUAUGAUGCUUAUUUCCCUGUGCGUCGUUAUUUAUAUGUUGGUACGUCCCGUUUAUGUUAUUUCGUUGGUGUGAACCAUGCUUGCUUAGCUUUGUCAAUGUCACGAUGGUGCCAAUAUGGCGCUAUGUCUGAACGUUCACACUGAAAACAUAACAACAUGAUGAGCUUUCUAUGUCGUGAAGCUUACGUCUUGAAUGUCUUUAUGUUACUAGUGUGGACAAGGCCUUACAAGUGUUGUUGUUAUUUUCUUUAAUUUUAUUAUUUACUUUAAUACGGAUCAGGAGAGUUCAGUUUUCAGUUAAGGACAAUCCAAUUUUUGUUUAGAGUUAAGGUUUCUUUGUUCAUCCGGUUUUAUUUAUUUAUUUAAUUUUUUCAUAGUGUAAUAAUUAUUCAUAUUGAAGUUUCAAAUCCAUGCUGUAAAUUUUUAAAGAAAGUAUGAAGAUAUAAAAGUGAUUAUUUAAAUGAAAGGUAUAGUAAAUUUAUUGCCAAACUAAAUAUGUAUUACAAUGGCACAGGGUUGUAAAUAUUUAUUGCCUUAGAUUACAUUAAAGAAGAAAUGCACCGAAAAAGUUAAUAAUAUGCUUAGCUCUUGCGUCCCUUCUUUCACACGAGCUCUCAGAUUCCUGAAAAGUCGCUUUUUUCUGUUCUGUUUUUGUCUUAUUGGUGCUUUGUUUCUCAAAAAUUAAUCGAUGAAUUUUGU